AUGGCAGGCAGAAGUGAAAUGUGCAGUUGGUGUGGGUUGCAGCCACUGGUGCCACCGGAGGCUCAAACCGUUCAGUGUGCUGCGUGCCAAGCCAUCACCCCGGUUCGACCAAAUGACCCUUGGGUUCAAGUCCACGACUCAAUUUACAAUGCAGCAAAUCGGUUUAAAAGCCUCUUGAAUUCUGCGGUGGCUGCUGCUUCUGUCAAUAGCUAUCCGGCAUCGAACGUGCCGAUUAAUGGUUUCUAUUAUCCUAGGCCACCGGGACCCGCGCCGCCAUUGACGCCACCUAACUCCCAUGGGAGGAAGCGAGCGCUUCUAUGUGGAGUGAGCUAUUAUGGACAUGGGAACAAGCUCAAGCUCAAAGGAAGUGUGAAUGAUGUUAGGUGCAUGAGCUACUUUCAGGUGGAGAAGUUGGGUUUCCCCAAUGAUUCCAUACUCAUCCUAACAGAGGAGGAGACAGAUUCAUUUAGGAUUCCGACGAAACAUAACAUCCGAAUGGCGAUGAGAUGGCUGGUCCAGGGGAUUCAGUCAGGUGACUCGUUGGUCUUCCACUUCUCCGGCCAUGGCUCAAGGCAGCGCGACCACAACAUGGAUGAGAUUGACGGCUACGACGAAACACUGUGCCCUGUUGAUUACACGACGGAGGGGAUGAUAGUUGAUGAUGAAAUUAAUGCCACCAUCGUUCGCCCACUACCCCAUGGUGCCAAGCUUCAUGCCAUCAUGGAUGCCUGCCACAGUGGAACUGUACUUGAUCUGCCAUUCGUGUGCAGGAUGAAUAGGGAAGGAUACUACACAUGGGAAGAUCAAAGAUGUAUGUCAGGCGUUUAUAAAGGAACAAGAGGUGGGCUAGCAAUCUCUUUCAGUGCCUGUGAUGAUCACCAGACCUCUGCGGACACAACGGCUUUCUCAGGUAAAGUGUCAACGGGUGCCUUGACUUAUAGCUUCAUCCAAGCAGUGCAAAAUGAACCAGGAUUAACUUAUGGUCGCUUGUUAAAUCGCAUGCGCUAUGCAAUUCGUGAGGCCAAAACUGGAAUACGUCUAAAUGGCCCAAUUGCAUCUCUUGUUAAUAGAUUAUUAUGCAUGGAGUUAUCACAGACACCUAAAGGUAACCCACGAGCAAGCAUUGAACAAGACAUCCAAAAGGAUGCCGGUGGAAGGAAGGCAUUGAAGAUUUCCGAGAUGGAUCUGUCGGAGAAGCAAACUGAUAUAUGGCAACAAGAAUCCUCAUAA